AAAGGAAAUUAGUUUGCGUACUUGACAACGGAAAAGAUGUAAUAUACCAGGGGUAAAAAAAACAUGGUGUCAGUCAUGGAUCCCCGUAUUGCAGCUAUCAUGGCUCAGUACGACACGCCCAAAGAGGAUGAUAAACAACAGGGGGUGGUUCAGGAGGAGAAGAAGAAACCCAAACCACCCACAAACUACGAGGAGUUCAUGGAUGCAGAAGGACUGGAGGAAUGGCCCCAGAGAUUAACCUCAGAGGGGGCUCUGGAUAUCUCAGAUGAGGCGUUUCUACUGGGGAGUCAAGAAGACAUAGCAGCCAUCUUAAGGGAGUCUGCUCCCCUGGGUCUACACAUGUUAGAGGACCUGGAGGGCAGACUGGAUAAACUCGAGGACAAGCUUCGUUUCUAUGCCGAUCAGGUCGUCACCGAGGAGAAGAAACUACAACGUGAGGAAGACAUUCCUUAUGGAGUCAGUCGAGCAUUUAUAACCCAGAUGGCUGAAUCUGAUGCUGUAAAGAGUCACCAUAGUGCCAGGGGAAGAAGAACCAUGUACCUGUAUUCACCUGUAUUUACCUGUGAUAUCAGCACCUGUACUCAACUGUAUUUACUUGUGAUUUCAUUACCUGUAUUCACCAAGGCUCAGAACUUUAAUGGUCAGUCACCAAGGCUCAAAACUUUAAUGUUAGUAUUAACUGUACAUAGGGUCAUACUGCAUAGGGUCACCAAGGCUCAAAACUUUAAUCCUGGGUUUAAGAAGUUCUGGAAGAAGCUGUUUUUAUCGGAGGCCUCGGUCGCUGUAAUGCAGGACACAUUUUGGUGGUUCUUCUUGAACCGAUUUGAUCGACAUAGUGAAGAUGAGAAGAAUCUUUUAUAUGACAGAAUUGCUGACAGUUUUGUUGGUCUGUUUGCCAGUAUCCACAAAGAUGUCAAGGACAAGUUUCUUUCAGUAUACCCAGACUGCCUUGCUCAGGCUAUCUACAUGGCUUACUGGACAGCAUUCCCAGAAUCCCAUGCUAAAAUGGAUGAAUCCUUCAAACAAGACUUACUGAAUGUCGUUCAUGAGUGGGUUACAGGAUUAAAACCUGUUCCUGGAACCUGGAAAACAUGGAACAUACAAAAGAUGGAGGCUAAAGCACCAAAAGGACUGGAGAGGGAAUCGAACCAGGCAACCACAAAACUGAUGCAGGCAGCCGCUCUCAAUAAAGAAAUGAAUCUGAGUCUGGACAUGGAUUCCUUCAACAGAAUGAUGGCAUCUCUGGGUGGGAACCACACAGGGCCACCUUCCUCUGUCAGCCCCACCCCCCAGAAUGUGUCCCGAGAAAUGACCAAACUGACCACCAUGACAAACUUCACCAACAUGACAAAUGGGUUGUCUAUAGCCUCCCACAACUUUAACAUCCCUCCCACUGCGCUGUCUCAAGGGUCCACCUCUAGAUUGGCCACGUGUGGCACUGCAUCUCACAGGGUGGAGAAAAAAGAGUCCCACCAGCUGGGACCUGGACCAGAGUAUGAGAGAGUCCUCUUCAACACGAGCGGUCGCAGUCCACUGAUUUCACACUACCUCCACCUACGACAACUCCGAGACUGUAAACAACCCGGCAAAAAAGUCCGCAGGACCGAGAUAUCAGCCAUGCCUCCUCCAGGUCCUACUUACAAACAGCUGAUAGAGACUCGUAAGGCCAUGUCUGAGGCUCUAAAGAAGGAAUACGAAAAGAUUUGCGAUCAGACCCAUAAAGACAUUGCUGAGAUUGAAAGGAAGAGGAUCAAGACAAACCGUGAGAUAAGUAACAUUACGCGGGAACUGAUGAUGACCAAGAACCCGCUGGACAUUAAAAUACUCAGCGAACGGAUCAUGGCCAUUAGGAACAUGAAAGUGGUAGAGGUAUGAAGGCUAACUGUGUGUGUUUGCUUCUCUUUAUGUAA